AUGCCCCCUCCCACCCCUCUCCCACCCCCCUCCCACCCCCCUCCCACCCCCCUCCCACCCCCCUCCUACCCCCCUCCCACACCCCCUCCCACCCCCCUCCCACCCCCCUCCCACCCCCCUCCCACCCCCCUCCCACCCCCCUCCCACCCCCCUCCCACACCCCUCCCACCUCUCGGCUGCGGGCAAGGCAAGCAGGGCGAGCGGAGCGAGGAGGGGUAUGGGCAGCGGUGGGCGCAGCUGAUGCCGAUGGCAUCGCAGGUGUUUGGCACGCUGGUGGAGCGCGCUGCUGCCGUGCCGCGCAACUACAUCCUGGACCAGACCAACGUGUACGCCCACGCCCGCCGCCGCAAGCUGCGCCCCUUCCACCACUUUAAGAAGGUGGCGGUGGUGGUGGUGCUGACAUACACGGAGUGGAGGCGUCGCAGUGACCGCCGCACCAAGGAGACAGGCAAGGAGGUGCCUCUUCUCACAGUGCAGGAGAUGAAAGCCAACUUUGUGUUGCCGCUGACAGCAGCGGAGUCGCGGGGGCGGGACGUGUUUGACGAGGUGCUGUACGCCGCGCUUCCUCGCCCCCAGGCGCACCGCAUAGUGGACCGCGACCGCUUUGAGGCACAGCGCCUGCUGCAGGCCACCGCCAUCACCGCCACUGGCAACCGUCCCUUCACCUCUGCUCCCCUCCUCCCUCACCACCAACACCAGCGGCAGCAGCAGCAGCAGCAGUUCCACCGGCCUUUCCCCCAGGGCCCACCCAUGCGCCCCAUGCCCCCCAUGGCCAUGGGCAGGGGCAUGGGCAUGGGCUCUGCUGCGUUGGGGCCGCCCUUCCCCCGCCCUACCCACCGCGCCCUCCUCAGCUCCCCCCCGGGCCGUGCCGGCCCUCCUCCCCACCGCAUCCCGCACCACACAUCUCCCCCACUCGUGCACCCCUGCCCUGGCCCUCCCUCUCCCUUCACACCUCAAAUGCGACCCUCCGUGCUCUUCUCUCCUCCCCUCCGUCCAUCGCCUCCCAUCGGCCCUUCCCCUCGCCUCGGCCCUCCUCCUGGGAGGUUCAACCCCUCCCCCAUGCACCAGCCCAUGCCAGCGCGCCCAUCACACCUCCUCCGCUCUGCCCAUCCGCCCUCCACCUCCUCUCCAUUCCCCCAACACCGCCUCAACGCGCGCACGCCCCCUCAUGUGCGUGCGCCCAGUCCCCACACGCCUGCCCACCAGUGGGCAGGCCAGUACGUGGGUGCAUCCGCGCAACCCCUGAGCGGUAGCAGCAGCGGCAACCUGGCAGUGCCGUCGCUCACACUGCGCCCCCUCGCAUCGGGCCUUGGCUGGUACUCCUCGCCUUCCCCUGCUGCACAGCCCGCGCAAUCAAUGGCGGACCACCCGGACGCCAUUGAACGACCUGAUGACCCCGGCGAUGAACCCGCUCAUCGUUCGCCAAUUGAUCUGUCCGCGGCCGUUACCGGGCUGGAUCUGCUAUUCUCCAACUUAGCGGCAGUAGAUAACCAUGGAAAGGCGCCUGCAGUCGCGCCGACCGUCGAUGUUCCAUUUGAACCCAUCGACGAGCCUCUGUGUCCCUCCCCUACUGCGCCCGUGUUGGAGCAAGACAGCUCCAACCCUUCAGGUGAAGAAAUCGCGGCGGUGCCAGUGGCUAAGAAGUCCGCCAGGUACACGCAGUCAACGCUGCCGUGGCCCAAGAAGGGAGGUCCCGCUGGUGCAACACCGGCUUCGCCAGCCGACCAACUGUCGACGCCCGCGACCGCAGGCACGCAGGCGUCGCCCUCAACACCUGGGCCUUCUAAACCGGCAGGGCCAGACGCAACCUACGCGGAGGCUCUGUAUAAGUACAAAAGCGAGUGGCUCGAGCGGUUUUCUUGGCUUAUUCUGCUAAAAAAAGCUGACGGUUUCCCCGCUUUCAAGUGCAGCAUCUGUACGGAGCACGCAGGCUACGCUGGACCGUGUGGGAGAGGCGGAAAGGGCGCCACAGACGUUCAGACGCAGGCGUUCAAACGGCAUGCGGCAACUACCAAGCACAAGGAGGCGUUGAAACACCAGCAGAAGCUUCUCGACGACGUCGCUACGCAGCCACGGAUCAACGGCGACAAUCUCGCUCGCGACACGGAGAAGGAGCGGGUCGUCAAGCUCCUCGACUCCCUGCUCUUCGUGACCAAGCAAGAUGCACCCAUAGAGUUAUGGGUGAAUCUUGUGCGCUACCUCGCGCGACUCAAGGUGCCCGGGUUCCCAGCAAAAGGCUACGGAACCUAUUAUACUACGGAGGCCCUCGCAGCAAAGGACGCCGCUGAACAACUCCCCGAGUUCGGCAUGGUGGACUCCCUGCUCCGCCAAGUGGCAGAGCAUUUGGGGCGUUCUGGCCCGUGGCAUCAACGCUUCAUUGGCCUGCAGGAGGUGUUCACGAAAACAAACCUGGAGCUACAAGGGAUCCACGACGUCCGCUGGCUCUCCCGCGGUGACGCCAUUCUGCGCGCGGUAGAGGUCUUCCCCGCGCUGAUCGUGAUGCUGUAUGAGUGGGACAUCACCCUCUACGAGCUCGCCACGAGCUACAGGUUUCACUUUCUGCUAUACUUCCUUGCAGACGUCCUCGAGCAGCUCAAUGUGCUGAACAGGGCAUUCCAGCAGCGUGAGCUGGACAUUGCAAGUGUCCACGGGCAGAUCCGCCGGUCGAUUUCAUUCCUAGAGUCCCGCUACGUCGACUGUGGUGACGACUUUGGAGGCGGGGUGAGCGCGCGCCUCUCCCCGUUCAUCAAGAAGCACGGGCCUGAGGGGGGCAAUCCCGAGGUGAAGGUGCAGGGAGUCGACUCGGACGGGCGGCCCACGACACACACCUUCGAGCUGCACGAGAAGCCGAGCGAAGACUACCCGACCCUCGGCUCCCACGACGCCUGCGUCGAUCUCUGCACCACCUUCGCCGAGACGCUCGUGCAAAACCUCAGCACACGGUUCCAGGACCUGGACUCCCUGGUGGGAGUGCGGCUGUUCAUGCCUGACGAGUGGGAGCUGGGGAGAGCAGAGCGCCACAGGCAGUGUCUCGAGUGGCUCGAGUCUCUCGUGAGGCUGUUCAGGGCACAGGACACGGACUACAUCAUUCCAGGGGUCGACAAGCGGCGUGCGAUCAAGGAGCUGCGGGCCUUCUGCCCCAUCCUCGCAGUCUCCUUUCACUCAUCGCUGCGCCGUGCGUCGCUUCACUCCAUCUCGGUUCUCAUCGCCUCGCUCUUGCUUGGAUCCGCCACCGCAGCAGCGGCAAGCCGCAGUGCAGAGCCGUCGGCGCGGGUGCGGGCCGCCGCAUCACGCGCUCACCACGCUGCCGCAGCGCGCAGCCUCACCUUCCCCUCGCCAAUCGCCCCGCCUCUCGUCGCCAUGGCGCGCGGCCCGCGUUCCGCCCUUCAAGCCGGCCUCGCCACGGCCCUCGCUGCCGUCGUCGCACUCGCGCUCCUCACCGCCGCCAGCGUUGACGCUGUAUGCGAUUCGAUGGUGUCAUUCGAAGAUCAGUACUUGUUGAUCAGAAAUUGUGUAUGCGAAGACGUGGAUCGGAGCGUGUUCGCGGAUGGAAGCAACGUCAACGCGCAGAUCGACUGGCAGGGCAUGCUUGGUGCUGAGCGCAGGUGCAGCAGCAUCUCCUUCCACUCCGCGCCGGGCUGCGGGGCAAGCCCCUACGAGACGAUCCUGCGUCCCCCGCCGGAUUGGGCUGUUUUGGACUUUGCCUCCAGUCAGUGGUGA